AUGUCCGACUCUCCCACCCCGGUCGCGGGCUCGAGUGCACAGGCGCCGCGCGCUGAGCCUCCUGCUCACGCGCAAGCUGUGAUGGAGUACCUCCAACAGCACGGUUUCGACAAGGCACUUCAGACAUUCCAAGCCGAGCUGCAAUCUGCAGGCGGGGAAGACAAGGACGCGGAUGGCGAAGAGGAGGGCCCCUCUGGCGGUGCGGUUGCGACUGGCGUGCGCCGUGGUUCCGCGGCUGGCAAAGACGCCAUCAUCCGCGCACCCCCGCCAAUUCCCCUCGACAACAUGGUCAAGCGCAACAUCCCACAGGCGACGGCCGUGUCUGUAUCAACUAUGAGUGAUAAAAUUACUCCUGACUUCAUCGCACAAGCAAAAUAUAUUAUCGAGCAGCUCCAAACUCGUUUGGAAUCUGCCAAUGCCGACGAGGAAGCCGGCAAGCCCAGCACCAGCCAGGCGCCUGCCUUCAUCGACCCAUCUGAUCGUGUGGAAGGAUACAAACGCUACCGUCGAUGGGUCAACGACGGCCUGGAUCUCUGGAGGUUUGAACUGGAUAACCUUUCGUUCCCCCUGUUCGCCCACACAUUCCUCGACCUCAUAGACUUUGGCUUUGCAGAUGCCGCUCAACGGUUCUACCAGGAGAAUGCCGAGCACCACAAGGUGUACCACCCAUCCGAGCUCUCCUACUUGUCAUCCAUCACUGCAGCACACCAGAUCCUCCUCGACCCAUACGCGCAACGCUUGAGGUCUGAGCGAUACCAAAUCCCAUUGUCGCGCAACUCUUUUGCGCUCCUUGUGCAGUGGUUGAGUGGUGCGGGACUGGAUGAGGAGUGGGAGUCUGGUCUGCACGGUGUCCCAGGCCGAGCCAAGGAGGCUAUCCGCGCUAUUGUCAAUUCGCGUCUGGACAUCAAGGUGUCGGACUCGGCCAUGCCGCUUGACAAGAUUGCGAUCGCGUCGUCGAGUGGGCUUCUCUCAAGUCUCCUUCCUCCCGCGACCUCGGCGGACAAGUUCAACUCUAUGACGCAGCUCAAGCUAGGCGCUCCCCAAAUGCUUGACAAGCUGCGGGAAGAAGUGAUCCGCAUCGUGCGCGAAGAGGAUGAGGCUGUGAAUGGCGAGAAUGAGGGAGGAGCGGGGUCGGUCGCCAAUGGCCACCCGAACGGCACGGACGCCAACGGCGAUAUCGAGAUGGGCGAUGCGAGUCGCGAUAUGCGCACCAUGUCACCCUUGAAGAAAACCAUCAAGAUUGAACCCGACGAUAAUCGCGACCCGGAUCUCGUUAGCCCAGACAGCAACGAGACUCUUCCACCACAGCCGACAUUUUACAAGGUUACCGAUGUGAAGCGCGAAGUCGAGGCUGUCCGAGACAAGCGAAAGAUGAUACGUCUGGGCCCGAAGCCCGAUGAAAAGGCAGGUGGCUCGAGUGCGACCUUGCCCAGUGUCGUGGCAUUCACCAUGUACGAUGGAGGAGAAGCUCUGACGUCUGUGGAGUUUUCGCCCGACUCGUCACUCAUUGCAGCGGGUUCGGCGGAGAGCACCGUUCGGCUGUGGAGCUUGAGGGAUGAAAAGCUCAAGGCAAAGCAGAUUGGGCAAAUUGUAGAGGAUGAGGGUCUUGCUAUGCGCAAACUGGUUGGCCACUCUGGUCCCGUGUAUUCGUUGUCUUUUGACCCCAUUUCAGGCUCUGGCGGCCCACCGCAUUCACUGCUGUCGGCUUCGCAGGACGGCACUGUCCGCUUGUGGUCAUUGGACACGUACUCAAACUUGGUCGUGUACCGUGGCCACAACCGCGACCCCGUCUGGGAUGUGGAGUGGGGACCCAUGGGCGUCUACUUUGCGUCUGCAAGCCGAGAUCGUACCGCUCGUCUAUGGAGCUCGGAUCGUCUGACUCCACUGAGAAUGUACACAGGCCACCUGUCCGACGUCAACUGCGUCAAGUUCCACCCCAACUCGCUGUACCUCGCGACAGGCUCGAGCGACAAUUCGUGUCGUCUGUGGGAUGUCCAGCGCGGCGCUUGUCUCCGUCUAUUCCUCGGCCAUACCGACGCGGUCACGACCAUGGCCAUCUCGCCAGACGGCCGUACCCUCGCGAGUGCGGGUCUUGACUGCAGCAUCUACCUUUGGGACCUGGGAUCGGCCCGACCCAUCAAGAAAAUGACUGGCCAUAACGCGCCCAUUCAGUCGCUGUCAUUCUCGGCUGAGUCAUCUGUGCUCGUCUCGGGCUCGCUCGACUGCACUGUUCGGUGCUGGGACGUCAAGUCGUCUGGCGGACCACGCACAGGCCGUGGUAUGGACUUUGACGGCGCACGUUCGGGCGGUAUGGGUGGGACUGGCGCGUUGCCUAUGGGACCCUCGGAGCUCAACUGGGAGGACCAGGGUCAGACAGCCGACCUGCUCUCCACGUUUCACACCAAGCGUACGCCCAUUGCCAAGGUGCACUAUACCCCUCGCAACCUGUGCAUGGCCGCUGGAUCAUUUGUGCCGCCGACAAACAAGGCCGUGUAA